AAAGCUUGCAGCAGGCACACAGAAUGAAUAUAAGGUCAAAGGGAAUUAAGCGAAGAACCCUCCCUGCUCUGGAGGCGGGGAUUUGUUCUACAAAGCCUCCUGUCAUGCCAGUGGCUAACUAGACAAGUUAGAGGUUUUUUUUUUUUCUUUUCCCUGUGACAUGUGCUUUAGCUGCAGCAGAAAGGAAAUGUGUCAUCUGUGGUUUGGUUUUAAAAGUGGAAAACUAGCUGCACAUAUCCUUUUUUACUGCAGAUUUACUUUAAGGUUCAUAUUCUCCAAGUUUGUUCUGCUUUAAAUAGGAAAAGAAGAAAAGAAGUGGGUUAUUAAAAUCACAUUAUAAUCAGAUUUUGACCAGGCAUUUUGUAAGAUAACCAGUAUACUCAUGGACAUGGAACACAGAGGACGUUACCUGCAUCUUGCCUUUCUGAUGACAACAGUUUUUUCUUUGUCCCCUGGAACAAAAGCAAACUAUACCCAGCUGUGGGCUAAUAAUACUACUGCCUGGGAUUCAGUUAUUCAAAACAAGAUGGGCAGAAACCAAAAUGAAAACAUUAACACCAACCCUGUAACUCCUGCAGGAGAUUACAAAGGUAAUUCUACAAACAUGCCUGAAAUGGCAACAUCUCACAUCUUAACUUCUAAAUCUGAACAGGAGGUUUAUAUACCUUCUGUUGUCAAGAAGAGUUCUCCCACAGUACAGAGCAUUGAAAACACCAGCAAAAGUCACAGUGAAAUUUUCAAAAAGGAUAUCUGUGAGGAAAACAACAACAACAUGGCUAUGCUAAUUUGCUUAAUUAUAAUUGCAGUGCUUUUUCUUAUCUGUACCCUGCUAUUUCUAUCAACUGUGGUUCUGGCAAACAAAGUCUCAUCUCUCAGACGAUCAAAAACAGUAGGCAAGCGUCAGCCUAGAAGCAAUGGAGAUUUUCUGGCAAGCAGUGGUCUAUGGCCUGCUGAAUCAGACACUUGGAAAAGAGCACAACAGCUCACAGGACCCAACCUAAUGAUGCAAUCUACUGGAGUGCUCACAGCUACAAGGGAAAGAAAAGAUGAAGGAACUGAAAAACUCACUAACUAACAGAUGGUUUACUGAAGAAAAUUGCAAAGCAGCAAUGUGAAAGAUUAUAGAGUAAAAAUGAAGUCAGUUUGGUAUUUAAUACCAAAGUGUUGGGCUGAUAAUCUAAAAUUUGUCAUGGUAGGCCUUGCAAUUUAAUUUAAAUCAAGCACACAAGAAGGGGAGAAGUAUGCCUGCUUAUUUAAUUACUUAAACUAUGUACUUUUGACACUGAAUGAUUUAAAAGGCAAAUAAUAAAAUCACUAAGCAUUUGAGGAAAGUUUUAAAGAUAAGUUGAGGACACGAAUAGAGAGAAAGGGAUAAUUAAAUAUUUCCUGUUCAGCAACAGUAGUUAGAUGAUCUUUGUCCGAAUAAAAUUAAACUUUGAAGAAUUUUAGUGUGUCCUUACAGCCAAGGAUAUACUCCAACAUUUAAUAGAAAGUCAAAUUCCUAAUGCAUAGAGUUGAACUGCAUAAUUUAAUGGCAAAUUCUUUGCUGGAUGUGGCAGAAUCCACACCAGUUCAUCUAUAAACACAGCUAAUUUUAGUCCAGAUGUUUUAUGGCACACAUGAUAAAGUGUUUUUCUACCAUAAAUAUUAAAUUAAAACUUUUAAUUUUGUAUAAUAAAUUUAAACUCAUUAGAAUAAAACUAUGACUAUGUAUAUUUGCAUUUACUUUAUUAUCUUAGAGAACACAUUGUAAACACCAAUAAGAAAUAGAGCACAACUAAAUUCGAUGAGAUUCAUAGCCACACCAAGAGGCUAAGCAUAAAUGUAAAGGAUGUUUUACUGUUUAAGAGUAACAUUCAUCUUUUCUAUAAAUACUGGUUAUUGGAGCAUUAAUAACAAAUAUUCAAAGGUUGAUUAAUUUUUGGACUUUAAGGAUGCCAAGUAGCCUAAUAAAUGAUCAAUUUUA